AUGAGGUCGAACUUCGUGAAUGUCAUUCCAGGUCAACGAAACUGCGGCAGAAACAAAUUCGUAGCGUUGACCAUGGACUUCCAGACGAAUCUUUUCGACCUCUUCCUCACCGAUCUACGUGUAGACCAUGCAGGAUUCUGUAGAGUUUCAUCAGCUGCCACCUGUGGAACGGUCUUAACUGCGCCGUACACUCGCUGCAUGCGUUCUCGCCAUGGCUGUAACUGCAGUAGCCCGACAGCAGCGACGGCCAAGUCCAGAGCGUCGGUCAAGGACCCUGACAUCGCAGGAAUUUUGGCGUUUCCGCGUGGGCGUCCAUCUCCACAGUCAUAG